AUGCCUCACGCCGAAUCGCCGAAUCCGCCAUCCUCGCCACCUGUCGACGACAUAGUUAUGGAAGAACCUGCGUCCGGCGCCCUUGACGAACAAGCAGAAUUGCAGAAUGAGGCAACCCAAUCAUCACCAGCACCUGCAGUCAAUGAGGUCGAGAAGGCAUCGCUGGAAGACAUGAAGCCUGGUAACACCAACGUCGGCAAAGACGCAGAAGUCCUGCGCGCUUUCUACCAAAGACUCUUCCCAUUCAAAUACCUCUUCCAGUGGCUGAACCAUUCCCCGACCACGACGACCGACUUCAGCAACCGUGAAUUGGCCUUUGUCUUGCCCAACGAUGCUUACAUCCGCUACCAAUCAUUCAAUUCUGCCGAAGAACUGCGCAAGCAGUGCAUCCAACUCACUCCCACUCGUUUCGAAAUCGGUCCCGUAUACUCUGCAAAUCCCCGAGACAGAAAGACGCUACGCAACGCAAGUGCCUUCCGACCCUUGGCCAAAGAGCUGGUCUUCGAUAUCGAUAUGACCGACUACGAUGAGAUCAGAACGUGUUGUUCUGGAGCAAGCAUUUGUCAAAAGUGCUGGCAGUUCAUAACCAUGGCCAUCAAGGUUAUAGACAAGGCAUUGAGAGAUGACUUUGGUUUCAAGCACAUUAUGUGGGUCUACUCAGGUAGACGUGGUGCUCACGCCUGGAUCAGUGACAAGCGCGCGAGAGACAUGGACGACAACAAGCGCAGGUCGAUCGCCGGCUAUCUUGAUCUGUUGAAAGGAGGUGACAAGACUGGCAAGAAGGUGAACCUGAAGAGACCUUUACAUCCGCACAUGGACUUGAAGAUCCUGAAUGGCUACUUCCAGACCGAUGUGCUGCUCGAGCAGGACCCCUGGGCAUCACCAGAAAAGGCAACACACUUGCUGCAACUCUUGCCCGACAAGAGCCUCACAGCAGCGCUACAAAGAAAAUGGGACAGCACACCACAUCGCAGCAGUACACAGAAAUGGGCUGACAUUGAUGCUGUGGCUUCCGUCUCCGGGUCUCUAUCAAGUCUUACGCCCGAAACGCUCGUACACGCCAAACAAGACAUUCGUCUAGAAUAUACGUACCCACGUCUUGAUGCCGAGGUCUCGAAGAAGCUCAACCAUCUGCUCAAAAGUCCAUUCGUUAUCCAUCCGGGUACGGGCAGAGUUUGUGUACCAAUCGACGUUCGGCGGUUCGAGGAAUUUGAACCGGAGAAGGUUCCGACUGUGCAACAAUUAUUGUCCGAGAUUGACUCGUGGCAAGGCACUGACGACAAGAUUCAAGACUGGCAAAAGACAAGUCUCAAGCCCUACAUUGAGCUGUUUAGAGAUCACGUAAACGCGAUCAUGAAGGAAGAGCGAGCUGCUGAGAAGCGAGGGCGCGAGGAAAGUGGGGAGGGCGUGGAGUUUUAG